AUGGCACCACAACCCAAGUAUCUCUCAGGAGAUCAGUCUGCGAUUGACGAAUUCAUCAAUAAAUUCGACGUAUCUAUCUACUCAUUGGCCCUGCUCAAGCCAAAGACAUUGCUGACCUUUUCCUCAGGCAAGAAGAUUGUUUUUGUCACGAACAACUCCACAAAAUCCCGCGCCGAUUACCAGAAAAAGCUCUCUUCCAUGGGGAUACCGAGUGAAAUCGACGAAAUAUUCGCAUCGGCAUACUCAUCCGCAAUCUACAUCUCCCGCAUUAUGAAGCUCCCAGCGCCGAAGAACAAGGUCUAUGUUAUUGGAGAAGCAGGCAUUGAGACUGAGUUGAGAUCCGAGGGAGUAGAAUUCGUGGGAGGAACAGAUCCAGCGUUCAGAAGGGACAUGACUCCGGAAGACUACACGAAAAUUGCAGAUGGAUCCAUGCUGGACGAGAAUGUUGGCAUUGUACUAGCAGGUCUUGAUUUCCAUAUCAACUAUCUGAAGCUCUCGAUUGGAUAUCAAUAUCUAGCACGAGGAGCAAAAUUCUUGGCUACGAAUACCGACAGCACCCUUCCAUCGAAUCACACAUUCUUCCCAGGGGCAGGCUCCAUCUCCAUCCCGCUGAUCAAUAUGACAGGAGAGCGACCUAUAGCCCUGGGCAAGCCAAGUCAAGCAAUGAUGGAUUCGAUAGAAGGGAAGUUCCAGUUUGAUCGCAAGACAGCCUGCAUGAUUGGAGAUCGCCUGGAUACCGAUAUCCGAUUUGGCCUCGAGGGCAAACUUGGAGGAACUCUCGCGGUCCUAACCGGUGUGUCGAAGAAAGAAGAAUGGGAAGUCGAAGGAGCGAAUGUCGUCCCGGCCUACUAUGUAGACAAGUUAAGUGACUUGAAGGGCUGA